AUGUCCAAACCAAGUCAAUACCUCCUCCUCUCCCUCCCAACCUCCAUCGUCCCCUCGCACCACCGCGACGACGCCCUUCAAGCCAUCUCAACCACCAUCUCCCCGGACAAUGGCUCCGCAGCCUCCUUCCCGAUCCCGGAGUUCAAGAUCGGCACGCUAGACGCCCUAGUCCAGCAGGCAGAUGAGCUGGCCAAGCUCGAGGCUUCGUGCCAGGGUGUCGUUGCAAAGGUGGGCGAUGCACUGAAGAAUAUCCUGGAUGGCGACGAAGCGCAGAUUGAGAGUAUGAAGGUUGUCAAUGAUAAGCCUGUCGAUCAAUACUUGCGUACUUUCCAAUGGAACAAGGUCAAGUACAGGGCCGAUAAGCCGCUAGCUGAGUUGAUCGACCUGCUGCAGAAGGAGGCCGCCAGCAUCGACAACGAUAUCCGAUUCAAGUACUCCCAAUAUAACCAGGUCAAGAACAACCUGUCCCAGCUGCAACGCAAACAAACAGGAAACCUCUCAACCAAGUCCCUCGCCUCAGUGAUCGACCCGAAGUCCAUCAUCCAGGACUCCGAAUACAUCGAAACUCACCUGAUCGCCGUCCCAAGCCAACUAGUAAAAGACUUCCUGAAGACCUACGAGACCGUCGCGCCGAUGGUGGUCCCCCGCUCGGCGCAACUGGUCGCCUCCGACAGCGAGUUCACUCUGUAUGCUGUGACAUCGUUCAAGAAGCACAGCGCGGAGUUUGUGCAUAAAUGCCGUGAACAGAAGUGGAUUCCGCGCGACUUUAAGUAUGUCGAGGGUGGCAAGGAGGAGGAGCGCAAGGAGGUUGAGCGUGUUGGUGGUGACGAGCGCAAGCUUUGGGGUGAGACAUUGCGACUUGGUCGGACGGCUUGGAGUGAGGCUGUUAUGGUUUGGAUUCAUAUUUUGGUUUUGAGGGUUUUCGUCGAGACGGUUUUGCGGUAUGGGUUGCCGUUGGAUUUCAUCUGUGCUUUGGUGCGGGCGCCUUCCUCUAAGCAGGCUGAUCGGGCCAAGUCCAACCUUGAGAACAAGUACUCAUAUCUGGCUGGAAACGCUUUUGGGCGUGACAAGAAGGGUCGUAUGCAGCGCGAUGAUCCUGGUGAGAUGCAUGCUGGUGGUGAAGGUGGUGCGGAAUACACGCCAUAUGUGUUCUAUGAAUUCGAGUUCCAUUAA